AUGCAGUCGGCCUGCAGCCAGGAAACUGGAGGCAGCACGGAGAGGCUGGGCCUGCAGAGCUUCACACCGGGCUCUAGACCAGCCACGCCCCGUGAAUGCAGCAGAGGGCGUGGCAGUGAGACGAGCAACAGGUUAGUAGUUAAGAAGAGUCCCCACUCCACCCUUCUUCUUCGGCUUCAGGAAGCAGAGUUUCAGCAGCACGGCACACGUCGACCCUCAGCUCACCUGAACAGUUCAACCAUGAGGUGGCACUCUCCUUGUCUUCCUCUCUUCUUCCUCUUCUCUCUCCUCGCUCUGUCACUCGCAGGAGAUGAAGAUUUCAAGAUCUGCUCCUACAACGUGCAGGAAUUCAACCUGGAAAAAUCACAGGACUACCGAGUACUGCACACUAUCACACGGAUUGUGUCUCGUUGUGAUAUCUGUCUCCUGCUGCAUGUGACAGAUUCUGACGGUAAAGGCAUCCAAGCUCUGCUGGACUCUCUCAACAGGGCAACCGACAGGUAUGACGGCUACACCUACCAAUCAGUGGCCAGUAAGGGUCUGGGAGACGACCUGCAGCAGUACGUUUUCCUCUACAGGACAGACACGGCGAAUGUGACGGGUCAGUAUCAGUACCAGAAGCCUGACUCCUUCGUCAGACCGCCGUUCGCUGUUCAGUUCUACAGCGCCAAAACUGCGAUCAAGUCCUUUAUUCUGAUUCCUCUGCACUCGGAGCCGAGCCGGGCGGUCCAGGAGAUCGACCGGCUCUACGACGUCUUCCAGGAAGUCAGCAAGAAGUGGAGCAACAAGAACGUGAUGUUCCUGGGAGAUUUCCACGCUGCCUGUGCCUACGUGACCCGAGACAAUAAGCGAGACAUCCGUCUCUACACCAACUCAGCGUUCGCCUGGCUGAUUGGUGACCGGGUGGACACCACCGUCUCCGAGGAAACCAACUGUGCCUUUGACAGGAUCGUGGUACAUGGUAAAACCUUCCUGAAGGCCAUCACUCCAUUCUCUGCACAAGUCUACAACUACGCUCUAGAUUUAAAAAUCCCCAGGGCCAAGGCGGUGGAAAUCAGUGACCACUUACCUGUGGAGGUGGAUCUGAAGAGCUCCGCCCCUCUGCUGCAGGCCACGCCCCUCCUCAUCCUGCUCAGCAUCUCUGCCGUCCUGUCUGCUUCAGUAAUCUGAUUACUCUGAGGGAUCUUCAGGAUCUCCUUAUCAUACCCACAUAAAUGAAGCUGUUUCCAGCACAGAUAUUUAUUUUUGCAAUCUGUUUAUUUGCCUUUUUUUUCUCUCCAAAAAUCAAACUAUUAAUCUCGUCUGACUUUAUUAUCUGAAGACAACAAACACUGAUCACUUCCUGUGUAGAUUAUCUUCUUCUUCUCUUCUUUUUUUAUUCUUCAGAGAGGCCCAUCACAAUGAAAUAAGUUUACGAAUCUACACUACUACGACUACAGCCACGCCAAGACCCGCCCUUCAAUAGGAGCCCGAUUGGUUAGGGUUAGGCAUUGACCUCGAGUGGUUAAGGUUAGGAUAGCCGAUUGGUCAGGAGACCUGAACAGAUCGGGUUACGUUAGCUUGCGUAAGCAUGGACGCCUGGCCAAUAAAUGCUAUUGAAGGGCGGGUCUUGGCGUGGCCGUAGUAGGAUUCGUAAAUUUGCUCCAAACGCUCAGAGCUGACAGUACUCCGUAAACAGGCAGUAACACCCCCGAUGAGACCCAGGUUCUGAAUGUGCUGUAUACAUGUCCAAAGAAUGCCUCUAAAACCUGAAUAAUACCAGAAUAUCACACAAGUCUUCAUCAGACAAUGCUAUUCUAUAGAGAAUAUCUAAAUGAAAUAUGCUGUGUACAUCAGACUCUGGGUAUUAGUGGAAUAAUUAUUAGAGAAAGCCUCCUGGUGCCAAAUACUGUUCAGUGUUUAUUGAUUGGGAAUCAGGAGAAUCUGAGCAGAAGUUUUUACCCAGAGUGCCUUUCAGCAACGCAUCAAUACUUUUUAAUUCAAACUACCGAUUAUCUUCAUGGUGGAUUAAUGUGUGGAUUAUGUUCUGGAUCAUUCAUCCAGAGAUGAGUAGUUUGGUCUCUAAAAUGUGGUUCAGUGUUUCCUAAAAGCCCAAGAUGUCGUCCUCAAAUGUCUUGUUUUGUCCACAAAUCAAAGAUCUUCAGUUUCCUGUCCCAGAGGAGAGAA